CUGCACCACGUGAUUAAACUGGAAUCCAGGAAGUGAGGAAGCGCAAACACGUCUCCUGCUGUGCCGUCGACGGGGAAAUGCUUCGCCUGUGGCACGUUACUAAAGCCGGACGGGUUAAUGUGUCAGUGUUAUUCCUCAGAAACAUGUCGGAGUCGUCUCAGUGUGACGUUAAAAGCAACAGGUCGAUUCACUCGGACAACGUCGAGGAGGUUCACAACGUCCCCAUGCACGUCAUCAUCAGACCGAUUCCUCCGGUGCUGAAUGAGCUCAAAGUUCAGAGUAUAAUGAACACGAUACAGACAGCGGACGUCGGCGUGGUUCCGCCCAUCGACUUGCUCUGGAUCACGGGCAGAGAGGGAGGAAACUACUACUACUCCUUCGGAGGCUGUCACAGGUUCGCUGCGUAUCAGAGGCUGAACAUGUCGAGCAUCCCAGCCAAGCUCAUCAGAUCAAACGUGUCAGACCUCAGCACUUACUUGGGAGCUUCGACCCCCGACCUGCGGUGACAGGAGUGGCUUUUAGAGAGACCUUGCUCAGGUGGUUCGCACGCACGCACGCACGCACGGAAACACACACACCGACACCGCUUUGACUCCUCUGCUGCACUUGGUAGAACAAAGGAUUUACCAGCAGGGGGAAAUGUAACUCUUUAGUUAAGCACGUUUGUCAUGAAAUUCUAUUUAGAUAACAUAUUUGGUUUUGUAAAUUAUGCAUUUGUACCAAGUGGAUUUAAUUUUACUUAGAUAGAUUUAUCCUUGUACGUGAACAUCAAAAGCAAUUAAAAAGUUGAAAUCCCUCAAGACACUAUUUCACAUUGCAGCGUCGUCUUGACAGUUCUUUUUGUACAACAAAUACAGAAUGUCCAUUCAUAAGAGGACACAGUUAAGUGACAGUGGACAUUUGACUUGGUGUCAUAGUAGCAGAAGCACAAUGUUACUCUUAACAACACAAAUCUUUUUAAAGGUAUUCAGCUGUCAUUCAUUUUAUUAUUUGCAGGUUUCUACUGUGACAGGUCAAAAUGUGUUCUGUGAUUAAAAUGUGUAAUUAAUCCACCAUUGGCUUUCUUUCAAGUGCACCUAUUUGAGCUCCUUCUAUUGAAAAUGCACCAAUGUUAAUUUUAGAAAUAAUAAAAACAAAAGACAAACAACCAAAUGUUUCCAAAAGAGAAGCAACACUUUAUGGAAUCUCACGCACGGUCGACUGAUUGUGAUGUAUGGGACAGCUCAAUAAGGCAGGAGAAAGGAGCGCGUAGAGCAGAUGGUGUGCAGGAGGAGUCAGGUGUGACGUAACUUCAGGCUGACAAGAUUUCAAGUCAAAAUGCAAGAUGUUGUUGAGUCCUGCUGCGUUUGCUCCUUCUUCCUGUCAUCGGUGUUUCUUACUCGUCGUCUGCUUCCCUCAUUUAUCUUUUUUCCUCUCAUCCUGCCGUCGUCAAGGGCUGAUUGUAUAAAAACUCUCAAAGCUUUUAUUUCUUCUCUAAAGUGCCAUCAGUCAAAAUCUGUUUGAAUUUUGUAAAAAGUAACCUUGCUUGUGUCCGAAUGCAUCCCACUUACAGUAAAUAACACGCUUAGCAAUCAUUUUGAGUGCUUAAACAUCAUUUCAUGAUCUUGAAGUACAUGUGUGACGUCGGUACCAACCUUGAGACUUGGCAAUCGAAUUGAAUCAAGGCAGUUCCCUGGCCCCUGUGUCUUGGAGGAAGGAACCGCAGGUAUGCAUAAUUAUGAGAGCACGCCACACAUCACAAGGCGCCGAGACGAGGCCUUUCCGACAGCACCGCCUUCCAACAAUGCGAGCCCAGAGCUGCUUAACGCUCUCCCUUUGUGGCCAUGCGAGGAAAUGAAGGAAGACCCGAGGGCAGCUUUUUACCGAGCGGCCCUGCAGGACUCUGAACCUCUCCUCUGAAUCGUCGCGUGUGAGAGGACUUCCUGUGGCUCGCUCAGUGUCUGGAAGUAACCAUAUCCUCAAAGGAAUUUUGACACGUAACACCACCAUGAAAAAAUUCAUUGCACCUGUUGCUCUGGGGAGCCGUUUUUCAUGGGUGGUUCUGUACGCUUUGUCUUUGAGGAUUUAAGCAGAUCAAGGGGUUUUAGUGGGCUGAGAAGAGGAAGUGUUUGUGGACAUUUUCAUAAAUGGAUUGUGGCCGUGUCAACUCUCAAAUGACUGAACAACGUACGGUGACUCCCUCGUGUCCGGAGACAUCUAUUGAUACCGUCAGAAUUACAACAAUUUAAGUAUAUUUUUAAUUGUUCCGUUUUUAGAGAAACUUUGAAAUGACUUGACAGCACAGAACGUUAUUGCCUUUUGUUGUUCACAGCAGCAGCUCAGUCUGCAGCCUGUGGAGAUGUUAUGUGUUGAUUGAUUAUGUUUCGUGCGGCUGAGAAAAUCACUCACUCGUCCAAAAGAACGACGUCAUCUGCAGUGACUUUGUUCUGUACUUUUCACAUCCCGCCAAAUUGUUUUACCUACAGAAUGUAAAAUGCUCUCGUCUGUUGUACAAACCGAAAAUUUGAAAAAUGAAUUGUUUUUUACUGCAGGCAAUUUGAAAUAAAGGGCAGAAAUCAGA